UCACAUUGCAACUGCAUAGGAACCAUUAAGUAGGAAGGAACCUUCCGCCGAUCAUCGUGUUUCUGUGGGGAAGCUAAACGGUGUGCGGAACGGCCGGCUACAAACAACAGCAGAGAGAGGUCCGCAUACACGCCGAUGAGAACAUUAUGCUUAUUUUCAUCAGUAUUUGAUUAAUAUGAGUAAAGAAUCACAAAUGAGGGCCGCCAUUAACCAGAAGUUAAUUGAAAUGGGUGAGAGAGAGAGGUUAAAGGAGUUGCUUCGAGCCAAGCUCAUCGAGUGUGGCUGGAGAGAUCAGCUCAAAGCACUCUGCAAAGAGGUGAUCAAGGAGAAAGGUAUAGAGAAUGUUACUGUAGAGGACUUGGUUGCUGGAGUGACCCCCAAAGGAAGAGCCCUGGUGCCUGACAGUGUAAAGAAGGAGCUGCUGCAGAGAAUAAGAGCCUUCCUCGCUCAGCACUCGACAUGAUGCUUAGUAUAUCUAAAAAAAAAUACUUAGAGUAUCUGUCAUUUUUAUAUUGAUAUUAUGCCAAUAGCAAUGCCAGAAUGCUAUAAAUAAGUUAAACAGUUUCAUGGUGGAAUUUCAUUCUUCAAUGUUUUUUUUUUUUUUUUUUUUUUUUGUUACUGCCAAUAAAGGUUGAUCAUGUUUGUACAUAAUCAGUAUUAUUUUUACAGCUUGAAUAAUUGAACCUGUUAACCGUCACCCCCCUUUUUGAGCAUAGAUCUGAACUUAAAUGGUUAUAAAAGUUUACUGCAAAUGUACUGAACUGAUUUUUACUUUAUACAAAAUGUAUAUUCCACAAAAUAAUUUUGACUUUAAAGCCCUGAGUAUACUUUUUUUUUUUUUUUUAUACACGUAUGCUAGUGUAUGAAUGCACAGCCUUGCAAAGUAUAUUUCACUUGACUCGUACGCAUACACAGGCACAUGCACAGUUUUGAUCAAUCUCUCGCCAUGAGUUACAACCCAAGUAAACAUCUUUGUAUUCCUUCAUGCUAGAGUUGCACAAAUGAGGGUACUUUCUAACCUCUUCGCACAAUCUGUCAUCUAUAUAGGCAUCCACUGUUGCUGUAGCUUGCAUGUGCUCUGGUCUGUUCCGUUUAUGCAGGUUUUCUUUGACUACCUUGUGAAUCGACGCCACCAGGGCACGUUUGCCACCUUGGCAAACCAGCAAAAAUAUGGCGGUGCGCAUACGGUACGCUCAUACUCUUCUGAUGACAAAAUUCAUGUCACGUGCACUGUACGCUGACCCUCGCGAAUGCGUGAAAAGUGAACUAUACUUUGGGCUUAAAAUUGCUAGAAAAUCAAAGCCAUGUCUAACCAAGUUGUAUUCCAAAUAUAAAGUUCAUUUCACAAAAAUUGAGCCCGCUGAAAGGUUUUAAAGCACUGUUUUCAUGGUAAUAUAAAAUUCAAAAUGUUUUCACAAGAUAAAUUUUGAGUGUUUAAGCUUUUGAAUCAUUCCUAAUUUAUGAUUUCUAAAAUAUGUGAUGGGGCAAUAAAUAAAGCGUACCACGUGUCCUGCUCCUGGGACAGUGACAGUUAA